CCGUUGCCAUAACGUCACUUCUGGAUGUCAAUAUGCGGCUUGGUGCGGCGCUGGGAAACAGAACCACUGGAAAGAUGUAAACCAAGUAACCAACGAAGACCAGCCUCAGCGAAGACACUAAACGUUACCUCCAGGGAAACCGUACCUUGGGUCUGAUAAACGGAGCCACAAUAACGGGCAGUUUCGUUGGGUUGCUAUCUCCGAAGCAGCGGAGCGUCUGCCUAAAAGCAGCCAUCUUUUGUGAGAGAAUGUACGGGGCGACGCGGCGGGCCUGCUCGGGCUCUGGCCGGGGCCGGAGCCUGCUGAUGCUGACAACCGCGCUGCUGCUGUCGGUUGUCGGGCUGCUCUCUGGGCUUCCCGGUGUCACCGAAGCGAAGGAAUGCGACAAACCGUGUAUGAACGGGCAGUGCAACACCGCUACUGGCAACUGUGUGUGCUUCCCCGGCUGGGUUGGGGACCAAUGCCAGCACUGCGGAGGGCGAUUCAGGCUGACGGGACCCUCUGGUUAUCUAACCGACGGACCAGGAAACUACAAGUAUAAGACCAAGUGCACAUGGCUCAUUGAAGGACAGCCCAACACCAUACUUAGAUUACGGUUCAACCACUUUGCCACGGAGUGCAGCUGGGAUCACCUGUAUGUGUACGAUGGAGACUCCAUUUACGCCCCCCUUCUCGCUGCUUUCAGUGGUUUGAUUGUUCCUGAGCGUUAUGGGAAUGAGACAGUUCCCGAGGUGGUGUCUCAGUCUGGCUACGCCCUGCUGCACUUCUUCAGUGAUGCUGCCUACAACCUGACUGGCUUCAACAUUUCUUACAGGGUGAAUACAUGUCCCAACAACUGCUCAGGCCGUGGUGAGUGCCGUGUGGGAAUCUCCAGUGAUUUGGUGUACUGUGAGUGUGAAGCCAACUGGAAGGGAGAAGCCUGUGACGUCCCCUACUGCCUGGCCGAGUGUGGCUACCCCGAGCGAGGCCGCUGCCAGAACAAGACCUGCAUCUGUAAGACUGGAUGGCAAGGUCCAGACUGUUCCAUCCCAGUCCCUGCCAAUUCCUCCUUCUGGUCACGGGAGGAGUACACUGAGGCAGGACUGGCUAGGGCCUCCCACAAGGCUGUGGUGGACCAGGGCAUUAUGUGGGUCAUUGGGGGCUACGUCUUCAACGCCUCCGACUAUCACAUGGUCAAAGCGUAUAACCUCAGCAACAAGAGGUGGCUGACCCUCGACCCCUCUGUCAACACCGUCACACCACGAUAUGGCCACUCACUGGCUCUUCAUGAGGGGAAGAUCUUCAUGUACGGAGGAAAGAUUGACUCCUCAGGUAACGUGUCCAGCCAGCUGUGGGUUUUUCACAUCCAAAACCAGACUUGGGUCCUCCUGAGCCCCCGAGCCAAGGAUCAGUAUGCCGUGGUGGGACACUCGGCCCACAUCGUGCCUCCUGUCCAAGAGGGGGCCAGUCCUGUCAUGCUGGUCCUGUUUGGACACUGUCCUCUGUAUGGUUACAUCAGCCAGGUCCAGGAGUACAACAUUGCCAAGAACACAUGGAGCAUGGUGUCUACAGAUGGUGCACUGGUUCAGGGCGGCUAUGGCCACAGCAGUGUUUUUGACCCUGGCACCAGAGCCAUCUACAUCCACGGAGGCUACAAGGCCUUCAGCGCCAACAAGUACGGCUUGGCUGGAGACCUGUACAAGUUUGAUGUGGACAAGAGAAAAUGGACCAUUCUGAGAGACAGCGGCUUCUUCCGUUACCUCCACACGGCGGUUAUAGUGAGCGGGACGAUGCUCGUGUUUGGAGGAAACACACACAACGAUACGUCGAUGAGCCAUGGUGCCAAGUGCUUCUCCUCUGACUUCCUGGCCUACAGUCUGGCGUGUGAUGAGUGGACAGUGCUGCCUCGACCGGACCUCUACCAUGACGUCAACCGCUUCGGGCACUCUGCAGUCUUCAGUGACAGUGUGAUGUACGUGUUUGGCGGCUUCAACAGCCUGCUGCUCAGUGAUGUCCUCAUGUACACCUCGCCCAGCUGCUUGGCCUUCUCCAGCCAGGAGUCGUGCAGCCAGGCCUGGCCGGGGAUCCAUUGUGUCUGGAACAGCACCCAGGCGACCUGCCUGCCCUGGGAGAGCAACGCUAUUGGACCUGAACAGCAGCAGCUACCGGCCUCCUGUAAUACAAGAUCAUAUGUUGAUAACGAGAGAUGUGACCAGUACACAGACUGCUACAGCUGCACUGCCAACACCAACGGCUGCCAGUGGUGUUCGAGCCAAUGUGUUUCUCUGGGAAGCAACUGCACCUCUACCACGGGUGCCAUAGGGGAGUAUGAUGUUUGCCCCAAAGACAACCCAUCAUAUGUGUGCAGCAAGAAAACCAGCUGCAAGAGCUGUGCUGUGGAUCAGAACUGUCAGUGGGAACCACGCAACCAGGAGUGCAUCUCCCUGCCAGAAAAUGUAUGUGGUGAAAGCUGGCAUCUGGUGGGCAACUCCUGCCUGAAGUUCAUCACUGCGAAGGACUCAUAUGACAAUGCUAAGCUGGCCUGCAGGAGCCACAAUGCUGUCCUGGCCUCACUCACCACGCAGAAGAAGGUGGACUUUGUCCUGAAGGAGCUGCAGAUUAUGAGCAUGGUGUACAAGGCCACAGUGACUCCCUGGGUGGGCCUCAGGAAAAUCAACGUGUCGUACUGGUGCUGGGAGGACAUGUCGCCCUUCACCAACACCACCCUGCAGUGGCUGCCUGGGGAGCCGAGCGAUGCCGGGUUCUGUGGCUACCUGGCCGAGCCGGCGUCUAGCGGACUGAAAGCUCAAACUUGUAUUAACCCAGUGAACGGCAGCCUGUGUGAACGACCAGCAAACCACAGUGCCAAGCAGUGCCGGACGCCAUGUGCCAUGCGGACCACCUGCAGUGAAUGCACCAGCAGCAGCUCAGAGUGCAUGUGGUGCAGCAACAUGAAGCAGUGCGUCGACUCCAACGCCUACGUGGCUUCCUUCCCCUUCGGACAGUGUAUGGAGUGGUACACCAUGAACACUUGUCCACCGGAGAACUGCUCUGGGUACAGAACAUGUGGCCAGUGUCUGGACCAGCCGGGCUGUGGUUGGUGCACUGACCCCAGUAACACGGGCAAAGGUCAGUGUAUCGAGGGCUCAUACCGUGGGCCCUUCCAGACUUCGGUCCCGGCCCCAUCCACCCUGCCCGGUCUGCCCGCCAGCCCCCAGCCGGCCCUCAACGCCAGCAUGUGCCCCAGCGAGGCCAAAUACAACUGGUCCUUCAUUCACUGCCCAGCUUGCCAGUGUAACGGUCACAGUCAGUGUGUCAACGAGAGUGUGUGCGAGAAGUGCGAGGACCUGACAACCGGCCGACACUGCGAGAGCUGCAUUUCCGGCUUCUACGGAGAUCCGACCAACGGGGGCAGCUGCCAGCCCUGCAAAUGUAACGGCCAUGCCAGCAUGUGCAACCCAAACAACGGCAAGUGUUUCUGCACCACCAAGGGCAUCAAAGGAGAUCGCUGCCACCUGUGUGAAGUUGAGAAUCGUUACCAAGGCAACCCCCUCAAAGGAACAUGCUACUACACGCUCCUCAUCGACUACCAGUUCACCUUCAGCCUGUCACAGGAGGACGACCGCUACUACACCGCCAUCAACUUCGUGGCCACACCUGAGGAGCCAAACCGGGAUCUAGACAUGUUUAUAAACGCCUCCAAGAACUUCAACCUAAACAUUACCUGGGCCACAAGCUUCACUGCAGGAACCCAGACCGGGGAGGAGAUCCCUAUCGUCUCUCGGAGCAACAUUAAGGAGUUCAAAGACAGCUUCUCCAACGAGAACUUCGAUUUCCGAAACAGCCCGAACAUAACGUUCUUUGUCUAUGUCAGCAACUUUACAUGGCCCAUUAAGAUCCAAAUCGCCUUCUCCCAGCACAGUAACUUCAUGGACCUGGUGCAAUUCUUUGUCACAUUCUUCAGCUGCUUCCUGUCCCUGCUCCUGGUUGCCGCUGUGGUUUGGAAGAUCAAACAGAGCUGCUGGGCGUCACGGCGACGAGAGCAACUACUGAGGGAGAUGCAGCAGAUGGCGAGCCGGCCUUUCGCCACCAUCAAUGUCGCCUUGGAGACGGACGAAGAGCCGCCUGACCUGAUAGGUGGAAAUGUCAAGUCUGUCCCAAAACCCAUCGCCCUCGAGCCUUGCUUUGGCAACAAAGCUGCCGUGCUCUCCAUCUUUGUGCGGUUACCCAGGGGCACGGGCGGCAUCCCUCCUCCAGGACAGUCUGGUCUGGCAGUGGCCAGUGCGCUGGUGGACGUGUCUCAGCAGAUGUGUGUGGGCUACAAGGAGAAGUCUGGAGGCCUGAGGAACCGCAAACAGCAGCCCACCGCACAGCCAUCCACCUGUAUCUGACCACACCCCCGUCCUCCUCCACCUUUCCCAGCCCAAUGCUCUCCCAUUAGCCCCCUGCCUCGGCCCCCUCCUUCAGAGACUUAUGCCAGCUCCACUCUGGCAGGGAGAGGUGCAUGCUGGGACCCAGGACUGGAACAUUUUGGUGAGGGGCCGAGUUGUCCGGUGGACUGAAGCCUCAGUGGGCUUCCCCUCCCUCUCCUCCCACAGGAACUUUUGGUCCCCUUGAACUGAAUGACAGAAACUGGACACAGAGGAGGGGGAGCAGGGGAGGGAGGGAGGAGGGAGGGACAAAGUGGGUGCUUACCCCACCCUUUCCCAUCAAAAAAAUAAAAUAAAAACAUUUUACAUUUGUCGACACCGCCUCGUUAGGGUCGAGGCGGCCACGGCUUGCUGCUAGAAGAGAUCCUCGUCUCGUAGUUUUUGAAAAAUCCAGAGACUUUGCAACCCUCUAUGUUCUUGUUUUACUUAAGUUAUUGUUGUUCUUUGUUUCGUAUUGUGUUAUUUUGAAGGCAGGAACAAACUGGACAUGUUCAACUGCACAUGCACUCACAAAACACACCCAUUCACACCCGCUUCCAAAAACCAACUUUCCAGGCCCUUGACCCAUUCAUAGCCCAUUCAUUGUCUCCUGCUGCCGAGUUCACAGCUCAGCACUGAGGGCUGGUGUCAUCGGAGUCCUGUACAGUUUGGCCUCCGAGCAAGCUAACAGCAUGUUCAGUCUUCCUUUAAUGAGGAUCCACUGUAGGAGGCCAGCAGUGUAGCCAAAGCCCAUCUAAAGAGUAUGUGACAUUUCUAAUCGGCCUCUGUGUCUUCUACCGCUGUCUUCUCUGUGGCCUGUCUGGAGCUUUGUCGUCACCCAUCUCGCUCUCUGUCUCUGUGGCCAUCUGGCUGCUGAGCCAACAGCCUUCCCAGCCUCUCUGGGUGUGUGGCCAAGUACAAAACAAGACCAGAGCAACAUCUCAUCCACGCUGGCUGGCUGGCUGGCUGGCUGGCUGGCUGGCUGGCUGGAUCAUAAGCCAGUGCAGAUUGAAACUUUUCCAGCUAAUUACUCCUCCAAUCGCAAUCAAAGCCAAUGUGUCGGCACACAGAGGUGCACAUGCAGGGCUCUCUCACACACGCACACACACACAGCAGAACAGUUGGUGGUGAGAAAACCCUCCAGCAUUUAGAGAUUGUCCCUUUGACAGUGCUGCGCCUGGAGCUCAUGUGAAACAGGCUUCCUAUAGAUCGUGUGAUUGACUAAAGCGAUUAGGGUGAUCUGCGUGAGGGGAGCCGGAGGUGACGGUUCAGCAUCCUCUGUGAUCGUUGCCUGAGAAAUCCAUAGCCUCUAAUUGCUGCCGCCGUGUCCCCAAAUGCAACACAUGUCCCCCUCCCCAGUACCAUCCACCCACUGCCGUUUGGUGGCGACUGCUCCUGUGUCCCUGAGCUAUCUAUAGCUGCAGCAGUAACGCCUCUGGUCAUAUUUAUACAGCCACAGUGGAGCUGCUAAUGCCAACAUUUAAAUGGCACCAGGCUGUCAUCUCUGAACAUGAAGCAUAUUUAUACAUCACCAGAAUAAGCAGCCACACUGUCUGAUUCCUUAUUUGCUCCUUUGUUAAAUAGGACUUUUGAACUGACCACAUCACGCAGAAGAUCUCGGCUAUUCAUUCUAAAACAAGACGAGAAAGAAAAACAUCCAUUGCUUUUUUUCCCCUAACAUUGCCUCUUGAAAUUAUCUUGUUGCCUGGUCUCUUGGGCUCACAGCGUUUUUGUGCUCCAUGUGAGGUUUUUCUUCCUUUCCUUGCCUUUUAUAUCUGCUUUACCUGCUCUUUCCACAGUCCUUAUCUGAAAUCACUAGUCCAUUUUUAAAGAAACAUUACUUUUUGUCAACUGGGGAAAAUGAGGGAAAACAGAAUGAAAAAGACGAGGCAAACACAAGAGACACAAAAAGAAAAAAAAAACUCAGGCUGCUAGUUUAAAACAGAGCUGUUGCUUUGAAAUGUCACAAGUAAUUUUCUGUUUUGUAAGGGCAUCAGGGUGUCAGAUCUGUGUUUCUUGCCUUUUCGUCUUUUCUCCUUCAGCACUGAAUAUCACAGCAGGCUUGAAUUAGUCCAUAUUGGUCUUCUUUGUAGAAUAUAAGUUGCAUACUACAACACCUGCAGGUCUUUGAAAGCAGAGAGGCAAAGCCGAUAUAGAAGAUGUAUCUCCUCCUCCCUCACAAAGUUAUUAACUUGCCGCCCUCAGAGAAGUACAGUAAUAGAACAAUUUAAUAACUCGCAUUCUGCCCUAAAGAAGUCGGCAUAUUUAGUUCCAGGCUCUCACAUGUGUUCAGCAUACUAGAACUGCUCACCGUCUGGUUAAAGGGCACAGUUUUAGCACUGCAAAAAGGUCAGAGCAGAAAGCAUGAACAAAGUUGACAUUCUGUAAUUAUAGAGAGCUGGAUGUGCUCACAACUCCACUCAGCGAACAGCCAUGGCAUUAAGGAGUCCUGCUCAUAUGUACUCUGAGGAAUCAAAGCACUUCACUUGCACUCUUUAUUAUCAGUCAUUUUUUUGCUUUUUUCUCCACUAGAGUAACCUACUUUCUUUUUUUGUAGCCGUCAUGGCUUGUUCAGGUUUUGAUGAUAAUUGUGUUGCCUCUCCAUAGACUUGAUGGUAGAAAAUCACCAUUGCUAAUCAGCUGAAUGUGGGAAAAUUUGGCUUGUGGUGGCAAAGUUUUUCUAUCUGAGUACAAAUUUAAAAAAAAAAACUUCCCACAAAAAGCUGUUCUGAGUUGUAUAAACUAUUUUGUUAAAUAUUGUUUCUGUCAGCCUGUGGGAGUUUUAUUUUUAUAAUUUGUACCAGUUUCUCUCCUACGCACCUGUCACCUCUUCUCAGGUGUGCAGGACUUUUUUGACUUGGUUUGCCCGUUCUACCAGUCUGUUUGGCAGGUAACCAGCCAUUGUUUGGAGGUGUUGUUCAGUUCUAAAAAUCUCAAUAGAAGGAACAUUUUGGGAUGUUCAACCCUGCUGUAGCACAAGUAGAGCAACAAGAUUCUUCUUCCUCAGCAGAAAUGGUACCGUUUCUGCCAUGAGACCAUGUCUGGGUCAAACAUGUUUUAUUACUUCCCCCCCCCAAAAAAAAAAAAAAAAAACAAUGGAAAAAAAAAAAUGUAAAUUGGCUUAAUUCAUGAGACACCCAUAUGCAGGUUAAAACAAAAACCCUUACAGUACAAAGCCAGAAUGUGACCCUGAGCUGAUGGAGACAAGAGAGAGGCAAGCAAACGUAACCUGCAACGUCACAUGACCCAUCAUCAAAUGGGCGAUGUGCUCCUGACACCAAAAUGCCUGAAGCGCACAUGUGCGGCAUCUCUGUCCUCUGCAGCAUCAGCAGAACUCUCACUUCAACAAGAGCAGCUCUGAGAUCAGCUGACAUCUCAUAUAUUUUAUUUUCUGUAGGUUAACUGUUUCAUUCCCACACUAUCUGCUCACUGUUAGGAAAUCACUUUGUUGCAUUCUUUGGUAACAAUGUUCAGUGACUAAAUUUAUGACCAUGGUCAUCUUCAGUUGAAGAUUUUAUUUUAUUUUUCACAAAGCAGAAAUCUCUUCAUAUACGAAUCUGUUCUACAGCUGAUUCAAAUGUACUGUAGUAAUAAUUUCACAAAGAUUCAAGAUUGUGUUUUUCUUUUCUUCUGUAAAUGAAUGUAAAAUGUGCAGCCAAGGUAAAUCUGUAAACUGGAAUUUAAGGGGGUGGUGGUUUGUAAGUCCCCCUUACCUGCGAUCAUCAGGCUGGUGCAGUGGUUAACACAGACAGCACACUAACUGAAAGGUCACAGGUUCAGACCCUGCAAGAGAAGGUUUGUCUUGUUGGACAUGUAUUAAGAAAGCCUACCCAGAGCCUGUCAAACCAUGAUCUUCUGCUCGGUGGCUCAGACAGACUGACUUUGGGUCUGAUAGUAUCUAUGAGUAAAUCCUAGAUGUUUGUUUUCCCCUCUGUGGUGUUAGUUUAACACACUUUUCAUUGACAGACUAAACUUUCUUGAUAUUACUUUAUUGUCCUGUGUGGCCAGUCUAACCGAUUUCAAAUUGCAAUAUCAGCAGAAUGAAACAAACAGAAACAAACUCUGUUAUCUCUAAAUACUAUUUGACCCAGAUCUGAUGUCAGCAGCCUCACACUGGGUUCCUACACUGCUCUGCAAAGUCUCAAAGCAUAGAAAGUGAUUAGGGAAUAUUAGGAGGAACAUUGCAGCUUCAACGUGUAUCCAAGACUUUUCUCGCCUGGUCCACCCACACAGGCGUUUUCAUUUAUUCUUGGCUGAUCAGAUGUCUUCUCAGGAUUGUGUGGGCGUGCACAGACGGUGCUUUAUUGACAUCUCCUGCACUCCCCUGGUGGUUCUGUUGCACCUGUUAGGGCAGGCCUAAUGUGGAGUUUUAUGGCAGGGCUGGAGAAUAUGACCUGAAUUCUAAAUCACAAAACGCACAUGACCUUAAUAAUGAUCAAUGUUACUGGACACGUUUUUGAUACACAAUUGCUGACAUUUUUCAGAUUUCUGAGCUUCUUGAUUGGAAUGUAUAUGCACUGGUUGGUUGUAUCUGUUCUCAGUUUUAUUAUAUAAAUUUAAGAUUCAGGUUUUAAACAGAUUCAUGUCAGCAAUUGGAUAAAUGUGGUUUUGUGUCCCACCCUCACAAAGUUUGCAUGUGUAGUUCCAAAGAGGUCUCAUCAGCCACGCUGAUGCUGUUUUUCCAAAGGCCCGGUUUUGUCCAUGUAAGCUGUGAACCUAUGUGGUCCCACACUUUUUGGUCCUGCAUUAGCAGCCCUGGCAGACUGUAGCCAACCCAUGACAGACUUCAUUGUGUGUAUCCUUGAGUUCUAACAAAUGUUAAGCCAUUUCCUUCCUCAUAGACAUUUUUUUACAAUUCUGCAUUGUUUACAUCCAUGCAGAGUUGCUAGCAGUCUUUGCUAAUACAUUGCUUUGUUUCUUUUCCCAUUACAGCCACCUGCAGGUCAGUGGAUUAGUGUAAAAUCACUGGUAUUGAGCCACUCAUAAAAACACUGAUGCAUAGUGCUACUAGUGAACAGAGAGUGACUGCAGCUUCAGCUUAAAAGUUAUCCACCAGUAAACCAGCAGGAGGCUUUUAUUGUGAAGCAGCUAGAAAAAAUGCAGUACAAAACACAAACAUGGCCGUAUUUUUUAGCAGAUCAGUUUUAAAUAUCAAAAAGAGGAAUAGCAGAGGAACUGUAGACAAAAGGCUUUCUGGUUGUGUUGUGUUGUGUUUUGGAAAAACACAGUGUUUAUCCAGCAUGUCUUGAAUUGUGGUGGAUGCUCAUGGGUUGGCUUGGUUCAAAUCUCCCCAGACCCAUUGAAAAACAGCAUAACUGAAAAGGUGUUGAUGUGGCAGGGGUUUAAAAUGACACCAUUUUUAUGUAAAAAUGCUUGAAUCACAGAUUCUAGCUACAAUAGAGAAGAGUGUCCCAUCUUCCCUAAAUGAGAGCCCAUAGAAAUGACAAAUCAAAACUCAUGAGCACAAUACAAAUCUUCUCUCUGUCCAGAGAGAGCUGGUCUCACUUGUGUUACAUCUUUUGAAUUUUGCCCUUUGGCCUCAGGCAUCGAAGCCCAGCCCUGUUGGUAAACAUGAACUUUACUGUGGCACUUUACUGAUGCUGCAUUGCAGAAUUCCUGGGUCCUAAAGUUCAGAUUUUCCAGAUGAUUACCUCUUUCCACCAUCUGCAGCUGUCCGAGUGUGAAGUGGCCCCGAGCUGCCCAAAAUACCUGUGGGGGGGGGGAUGUGGAACUUUGCAAAGGGAAAAGUGUAGGAACCCUGUACACAGUCUGCCAUCGUGCCACCGUACCUGUGAAAUACCUGUUGCAUUUAUUUUGAUUUAAAGAGAUGAGCAACUCCCUGUCUCGCCUCGCUCUCCAAGCCUCAAUCUUUAUUGGGUAACACUAACUUUACAGUGGCCUUAUUUCAGCUUAUUUAAUCUCUGUAUUAACUGAUACAAAUGUAUAGCAAAUACAUAUUAUAAAGUGUGAUUAGUUACUGGAAAUCUUCCUAAUAUUCACAAUACAAGUAGAUUUUUUGUCAAACACUGGCAGCAUUAAUAUGUAUUUAAAAUGCUUUAAUACACAGGUUGAAACAUCAGAAUAAGGUCAUUGUAAAAUCAGGCAGUACCCUCUAUCUUUCUUUCUCUAUCUCUUUGUAUAGCGGCAUUAUAUAUACUGAUGAAGUAGUUUGUUAAUAUGUAUAAUUUAGCAGUUGUUCUGUUUUUUGUAAAUAAUGAGAAAGUAUUGUGAAUGACAUUUGUUGAAUGAUUUUAAAAAAUCAUUCAUGGCAAACCUCUCCAGGCUUUUAAAAAUGUGACUACAGUACAUAGCAUAUUUUGUAUGUAAGACAGCAGUGUAAAGAUGAACAAGCAUUACUAGAAGCUGAUGAAACUACAUGUAAAACUUGAGGAUAAUAGCUUAAUGAACUUGUAAUUACUGAUGUACAUAAAAGAAUGACAGAACAUUUUUGUCUAUUAUUAAAUGUGAAAAUCCA